AUGAAUGUCCGGCCCGCCGCCCCGCCGCCGCCGACCGACUGCCAACCACUUUGGUCAGCGUUUCCAAUCAUCAUCAACCUCUCAACCUCACCUCACAUCGCAUCGCAUCGCAUCGCAUCGCAUCACACCCCGCUACGCCUCAUCUCACAGGAACCAUCUCCCGCGCUGCCAGCUCACGUACCUACCAGCGACAGCCCGCGACUCACCGCGCGCCUCAAAGCUGCAGCUACUCACCUCCCCUCGCCACACGCCAGACACACACACGUAUCGUGCUGCGCAGCGUCGCCCACGUACAGGGGUCCCCGCCACGACCCCUCCAGUAAGCACAUCGUCGUACCCGAGCGUCUCGACAGAGGAAAGCUGCGCCGACAUCACCCACGGUCCGCACGCACGGCCAUCUAUUCCUCGCCUUCUCGGAGGGUUCAGGCGGCUGUGAGCGCAAAGUAG